AGCCGACGAAAUUUCGGCACCAACGUCGGAGUCGACGUUGCAGUAGCAUCCUCAUAUGCUCCAUCUCUCCCUGCUUCUAGUUUCUUUUAGUGGUUUUGUUUUGAAGGAGUUGUAAUGUCGGCCCCAAAAAUUAUCAUACAAAUUCUCAUCACAGGUGCACAAAUUUUCGGAAAGGCACUAUUUGAAGCGGGGAAGCAGGCAGCCAAAAAUGCAAAGCACACUCCGCAAGGCGCAAUAGGCUCGGAUAUUGCGGGCGUUCGGAAUGCUACCUCUGGCUCUUUGACAGAUAAACUCACACUAGAACACCGUAUGACACUGGACGAGGCUCAUCUCAUCCUGAAUCUAAAACAAGGAGAAACCCUUGAGAAUGUGUUGAGGAAUUAUGAACAUUUAUUCAAAGUGAAUGGUCCCCGGCCAGCCCCAGACCCACCGACAACUGGCGCAAGAGCGGGAAAACAGCCUGCUCCGCCUACACACUCUCAUUACCUCCAGUCAAAAGUUGUGCGUGCCCGGGAGCGUAUUGAGGCAGAGAUGCGCGUCAUGGAGGAAGUAGAAUUCAACACCUCCACCUCCUGGAGCUGCUCCUCCGAGUUCAGCACAAACGAACGCGGGAGGCUCGAGUUGACCUCUCUUGUGAUUACUUAUAUCCGCUUUCGAUACGUUUCACUGAUUUUAGAUGAACCCAGAGCACAUCCCCAUUCACUCAUCACUUAGCACACAUAAUAUACACACAAGUAUUACUGCCAGAUAUCUCGUCUCGACCUUGAACCAGCUCGUGAGGCAAUGAGUGUUACGGUUUAUUCAGCACACCUCCGUGUCUGAGAAGGCAAUCAUAGUAUUUCGUCCAGAAUGCGGAUACAGCCGUUUGAGAA